CUCGGGAAGGUAGCUUCGCUCGGGUUGCUAACGUCUUCCCUUGGAGAUGGGCGCGCAAACGGACCAGUGGGUCUGGGGGCGGCGGUGACGGGCAUGGAGUUGGCCCAAUGAGGGUUGGAGUAGGAGGGGCGGCUCGUAGCAGCAUUGCCAAAGGAGCCCCGCGGAGGUAGCGGUGGGUUCGGGACCGAGGCGGCGUCCGUGGUCGCGGCUCCGGGCGUGCGCCGGCGCCACCAUCUUCAGCUGAAGGGCUCCCUCCUGGCAGUGCUGAGGGGACCAACCACUGUAACAGAAACCAGGGACGGCCUGCUUUAUGCCAGAGGCAAUUUCUUUUGGAUCCUUCUGUUUACAAUGGCACAGAGAACUGGACUUGAAGAUCCAGAGAGAUAUCUCUUUGUGGACAGGGCUGUCAUCUACAACCCUGCCACUCAGGCUGAUUGGACUGCUAAAAAGCUAGUGUGGAUUCCAUCAGAACGCCAUGGUUUUGAGGCAGCUAGUAUCAAAGAGGAGCGUGGAGAUGAAGUUAUGGUGGAGUUGGCAGAGAAUGGAAAGAAAGCAAUGGUCAACAAAGAUGAUAUUCAGAAGAUGAACCCACCGAAGUUUUCCAAGGUGGAGGAUAUGGCAGAAUUGACAUGCUUGAAUGAAGCUUCUGUUUUACAUAAUUUGAAGGAUCGUUACUAUUCAGGACUUAUCUAUACUUACUCUGGACUCUUCUGUGUGGUCAUAAAUCCUUAUAAGAAUCUUCCAAUUUACUCUGAGAAUAUCAUUGAAAUGUACAGAGGAAAGAAACGUCACGAGAUGCCACCACACAUCUAUGCUAUCUCUGAGUCUGCUUACAGAUGCAUGCUCCAAGAUCGUGAAGACCAGUCAAUUCUUUGCACGGGUGAAUCAGGAGCUGGGAAGACAGAAAAUACUAAGAAAGUUAUUCAAUACCUUGCUCAUGUUGCUUCUUCUCAUAAAGGACGAAAGGACCAUAAUAUUCCUCAGGAAUUGCCUAAACCAGUGAAACACCAGGGGGAACUUGAACGGCAGCUUUUGCAAGCAAAUCCAAUUCUGGAAUCAUUUGGAAAUGCGAAGACUGUGAAAAAUGAUAACUCAUCUCGUUUUGGCAAAUUUAUUCGGAUCAAUUUUGAUGUAACUGGUUAUAUUGUUGGAGCCAACAUUGAAACAUACCUUCUGGAAAAAUCUCGUGCUGUUCGUCAAGCAAAAGAUGAACGUACUUUCCAUAUCUUUUAUCAGUUGUUAUCUGGAGCAGGAGAACACCUAAAAUCUGAUUUGCUCCUUGAAGGAUUUAAUAACUACAGAUUUCUCUCCAAUGGCUAUAUUCCUAUCCCGGGACAGCAAGACAAAGAUAACUUUCAAGAAACAAUGGAAGCCAUGCAUAUCAUGGGCUUUUCUCAUGAAGAGAUUCUGUCAAUGCUUAAAGUGGUGUCCUCAGUGCUACAGUUUGGAAAUAUUUCUUUCAAAAAGGAGCGAAAUACUGAUCAAGCUUCCAUGCCGGAAAAUACAGUUGCACAGAAGCUCUGCCAUCUUCUUGGAAUGAAUGUGAUGGAGUUUACUCGGGCUAUACUUACUCCUCGGAUAAAGGUUGGUCGAGACUACGUCCAGAAAGCACAGACCAAAGAACAAGCAGAUUUUGCAGUAGAAGCACUGGCAAAAGCCACAUAUGAGCGUCUCUUUCGAUGGCUUGUUCACCGAAUCAAUAAAGCUCUGGACAGGACCAAGCGUCAGGGAGCAUCUUUCAUUGGAAUCCUGGAUAUUGCUGGAUUUGAAAUUUUUGAGCUGAAUUCAUUUGAACAACUCUGUAUCAAUUACACCAACGAGAAGCUACAGCAGCUGUUCAACCAUACCAUGUUCAUCUUAGAGCAAGAGGAAUACCAGCGUGAGGGCAUUGAAUGGAAUUUUAUUGAUUUUGGACUAGAUCUACAGCCAUGCAUUGACCUGAUAGAGAGACCCGCUAACCCUCCUGGUGUACUAGCCCUUUUGGAUGAAGAAUGCUGGUUCCCUAAAGCCACAGAUAAAACCUUUGUUGAAAAACUGGUUCAAGAGCAAGGCUCCCAUUCCAAGUUUCAGAAACCUCGGCAACUGAAAGAUAAAGCUGAUUUUUGCAUUAUACAUUAUGCAGGAAAGGUGGACUAUAAGGCAGAUGAGUGGCUGAUGAAGAACAUGGACCCUUUAAAUGACAAUGUGGCCACUCUCCUUCACCAGUCAUCAGACAGAUUUGUUGCAGAGCUCUGGAAGGAUGAGAUUCAGAAUAUUCAGAGAGCUUCUUUCUAUGACAGUGUUUCUGGUCUUCAUGAGCCUCCAGUGGACCGCAUUGUGGGUCUGGAUCAAGUCACUGGUAUGACUGAGACAGCUUUUGGCUCUGCAUACAAAACCAAGAAGGGCAUGUUCCGUACCGUUGGGCAACUCUACAAAGAAUCUCUCACUAAGUUGAUGGCGACGCUUCGAAAUACCAACCCUAACUUCGUUCGCUGCAUCAUUCCAAAUCAUGAGAAGCGGGCUGGAAAAUUGGAUCCUCAUCUAGUGCUUGACCAGCUUCGCUGUAACGGAGUCCUGGAAGGUAUCAGAAUCUGUCGCCAAGGGUUCCCCAACCGGAUAGUUUUCCAAGAAUUCAGACAGAGAUAUGAGAUCCUAACUCCAAAUGCUAUUCCUAAAGGUUUUAUGGAUGGCAAACAGGCUUGUGAGCGAAUGAUUCGGGCUUUAGAACUGGAUCCAAAUUUGUAUAGAAUUGGACAGAGCAAGAUUUUUUUCAGAGCUGGAGUUUUGGCACACUUAGAGGAAGAAAGAGAUUUAAAAAUUACCGAUAUCAUUAUCUUCUUCCAGGCUGUUUGCAGAGGUUAUCUAGCCAGAAAGGCCUUUGCCAAGAAACAGCAACAAUUAAGUGCCCUAAAGGUCUUGCAGAGAAACUGUGCAGCAUAUCUGAAGUUACGGCACUGGCAGUGGUGGCGAGUCUUCACAAAGGUGAAACCACUCCUACAAGUUACUCGCCAAGAGGAAGAACUUCAAGCUAAAGAUGAAGAGUUGCUGAAAGUGAAGGAGAAGCAAACAAAAGUGGAAGGAGAGCUUGAGGAAAUGGAGAGGAAGCAUCAGCAGCUUUUAGAGGAGAAGAAUAUCCUUGCAGAACAACUUCAAGCAGAGACUGAACUCUUUGCUGAAGCAGAAGAGAUGAGAGCAAGACUUGCUGCUAAAAAGCAGGAGCUAGAAGAGAUUUUACAUGACUUGGAGUCUCGGGUUGAAGAAGAAGAAGAAAGAAACCAAAUCCUCCAAAAUGAAAAGAAAAAAAUGCAAGCACAUAUUCAGGACCUGGAGGAGCAACUCGAUGAGGAAGAAGGGGCCCGGCAAAAGCUGCAACUGGAGAAGGUAACAGCAGAGGCUAAAAUCAAGAAGAUGGAAGAGGAGAUUCUCCUUCUCGAAGAUCAAAAUUCCAAAUUUAUCAAAGAGAAGAAACUCAUGGAAGAUCGCAUUGCUGAAUGUUCUUCUCUGCUAGCAGAAGAGGAAGAAAAGGCAAAAAACUUGGCCAAAAUCAGGAAUAAGCAAGAAGUAAUGAUAUCAGAUUUAGAAGAGCGCUUAAAGAAGGAAGAGAAGACUCGUCAGGAACUAGAAAAGGCCAAAAGAAAACUUGAUGGUGAAACCACUGAUCUUCAGGACCAGAUUGCAGAACUGCAGGCCCAGAUCGAUGAGCUCAAGAUCCAGUUGGCCAAGAAGGAGGAGGAGCUGCAGGGUGCUCUGGCCAGAGGUGAUGACGAGACACUCCAUAAGAACAAUGCACUCAAAGUUGUGAGAGAGCUACAGGCCCAAAUCGCUGAACUUCAGGAAGACUUUGAAUCUGAGAAGGCGUCACGGAACAAGGCAGAAAAACAGAAAAGGGACUUGAGUGAGGAACUAGAAGCUCUUAAAACAGAGCUGGAAGACACUCUGGACACCACUGCAGCUCAGCAGGAACUCCGUACAAAACGUGAACAAGAAGUAGCAGAGUUAAAGAAAGCUCUUGAGGAAGAAACGAAGAACCACGAAGCUCAAAUCCAGGAUAUGAGGCAGAGACAUGCAACUGCCCUCGAGGAGCUUUCUGAACAGUUGGAACAGGCUAAAAGGUUUAAAGCAAAUCUGGAGAAGAAUAAGCAGGGCCUUGAGACAGACAACAAGGAGUUGGCCUGCGAGGUGAAGGUGCUGCAGCAGGUCAGGGCCGAGUCUGAGCACAAGAGGAAGAAACUGGAUGCUCAGGUGCAGGAACUCCAGGCCAAGGUCUCCGAAGGGGACAGGCUCAGGGUGGAACUGGCCGAGAGAGCAAAUAAAUUACAGAAUGAACUGGAUAAUGUCUCAACUCUUCUCGAAGAAGCAGAGAAGAAGGGUAUUAAAUUUGCUAAGGAAGCAGCUAGUCUUGAGUCUCAACUACAGGAUACACAGGAGCUUCUUCAGGAGGAGACACGUCAAAAGCUAAACCUGAGCAGUCGGAUCAGGCAGCUCGAGGAGGAGAAGAACAGCCUGCAGGAGCAGCAGGAGGAGGAGGAGGAGGCCAGGAAGAAUAUGGAGAAACAAGUAUUGGCCCUUCAGUCUCAGUUGACUGAUACUAAAAAGAAGGUAGAUGAUGACUUGGGAACAAUUGAAAGUUUGGAAGAAGCCAAAAAGAAGCUUCUAAGGGAUGUGGAGGCAUUGAGCCAACGCCUGGAAGAAAAGGCUUUGGCCUAUGACAAGUUGGAGAAAACUAAGAACCGCCUGCAACAAGAGCUUGAUGAUUUGAUGGUAGACCUAGACCACCAGCGCCAAAUAGUCUCCAACUUGGAGAAGAAGCAAAAGAAGUUUGAUCAGCUACUAGCUGAAGAGAAGAACAUCUCAGCUCGCUAUGCAGAAGAGCGAGACCGUGCGGAAGCAGAAGCCAGGGAGAAAGAAACCAAAGCCUUGUCCCUGGCCAGGGCCCUUGAAGAGGCCCUGGAGGCGAAGGAAGAGUCUGAGAGACAGAACAAGCAGCUGCGGGCAGACAUGGAAGAUUUGAUGAGCUCUAAGGAUGACGUGGGGAAGAAUGUUCAUGAACUUGAAAAGUCCAAACGGGCACUAGAGCAGCAAGUAGAAGAAAUGAGGACCCAACUGGAAGAACUAGAAGAUGAACUUCAGGCUACAGAAGAUGCCAAGCUUCGCCUAGAGGUUAACAUGCAGGCAAUGAAGGCCCAGUUUGAAAGAGACUUGCAGACCAGAGAUGAGCAGAAUGAAGAAAAGAAACGGUUGCUGAUUAAACAGGUGCGAGAGCUUGAGGCAGAGCUGGAGGAUGAGCGGAAACAACGGGCGCUUGCUAUUGCUUCAAAAAAGAAAAUGGAAAUAGACCUCAAAGACCUUGAAGCUCAAAUUGAAGCUGCAAACAAAGCCAGGGAUGAGGUCAUCAAGCAACUUCGCAAACUACAGGCUCAGAUGAAGGAUUACCAACGCGAAUUAGAGGAAGCUCGUGCAUCCAGGGAUGAGAUUUUUGCUCAAUCCAAAGAGAGUGAAAAGAAACUGAAGAGUCUAGAAGCAGAAAUACUUCAAUUACAAGAGGAACUUGCUUCAUCUGAGCGAGCCCGUCGACACGCAGAGCAGGAGAGAGAUGAGCUGGCAGACGAGAUCGCCAACAGCGCCUCUGGCAAGUCUGCACUGCUGGAUGAGAAGCGACGUCUGGAGGCACGAAUCGCACAGCUCGAGGAGGAACUCGAAGAGGAGCAGAGCAACAUGGAACUGCUCAAUGACCGCUUCCGCAAGACCACACUCCAGGUGGAUACGCUGAAUGCAGAGCUAGCGGCCGAGCGCAGUGCUGCCCAGAAGAGCGACAAUGCUCGCCAGCAGCUGGAGCGGCAGAACAAGGAGCUGAAGGCCAAACUGCAGGAGCUGGAGGGCACCGUUAAGUCCAAAUUCAAGGCCACCAUCUCAGCCCUGGAAGCCAAGAUCAGCCAACUGGAGGAGCAGCUGGAGCAGGAAGCCAAGGAACGAGCCGCUGCCAACAAACUAGUGCGUCGUACUGAGAAGAAGCUGAAGGAAAUCUUCAUGCAGGUUGAAGACGAACGCCGUCAUGCAGACCAGUAUAAGGAGCAGAUGGAGAAAGCCAAUGCCAGGAUGAAGCAGCUGAAACGCCAGCUGGAGGAAGCAGAAGAAGAAGCUACACGUGCCAAUGCAUCGCGGCGUAAACUCCAGCGGGAACUAGAUGAUGCCACUGAGGCUAAUGAGGGCCUGACCCGUGAGGUCAGCACCCUGAAGAACCGGCUAAGGCGGGGUGGCCCAAUCAGUUUCUCCUCAAGCCGAUCUGGCCGGCGUCAGCUACACAUUGAAGGGACUUCCCUGGAGCUCUCAGACGAUGACACAGAAAGUAAGACCAGCGAUGUCAAUGAGACACAGCCACCCCAGUCAGAAUAGAGUCACAGGAAGCAGGUGGAGGCAAUACAGUGGGACACGAAGAAACUCACCCAGCACCAGCCUGCCUCGGGGCCUCCUAGAGAUUGAGGAACCAGGCAAGCUGUGGGAUUCCUUACUGAAAGAUCUAAUGUGUCUUAAGGCCUUCAGGCCUAAGCUUACUGUAUUCUGCUUCAGAUUUAGGUACAAUUGCUCCCAAAUAUAUAUAUAUUUAUAUAUAUAUACAAUACACUAAACAUUACACAUAUUAAACAGAUUGUCUCUUCAUUGCAUCUAUUUUCCAUAUAUUCAUCGAGACCAUUUUCUAAUAUGUGUUAAGAAGAGAACUCUUUUUCAAACAAACUCCAGACCCUUGUUGCCACUGGGUUAAUGGGGCAGCCCCGUGGCCGUUGUCCAGUCACUCUGCAUGCUCUCUGUCAUAAGGACAGGUGACUUAGUUCUGUGUUCAUGUGGCCCCCAACUCCUCAGCCACAUAAGUCUCUUAGAACAUUGUGGAAACUAAAUUGCAUUUCUAUUUCUCAUUUCCUGCAAAUAAUGAUCAACACUAUUUCAGUGAGCAAACUGUGAAAGGGGCUUUGGAAAGAUUAGGGAGGGGUAGGUUAGACUGGGGAAAGCAACAUCUGCUUGGGAUUACCGUGCCUGUCUCCCUCACAUUGGUGGUGUCCCCACACCGAUUCAUGUGAACUGUCCUGGACCAGGGCUGCUCUGCACAUAGCUGGCACCGCAGCAGUCCUCGGCUGGCUUCCCAAAAGUUGCCAGACCUCUGGCUCUCCCAGCGUUCUGCUGGCUCAGGAGCAAGCAGUUGUGGGACCCUCAGCAGGAGUUAGUGAAAGGCCCUCCCUUGCUCGCCAGGCUCUCAUGCUGACCUUGCAAAUUCAGCCGCUGCUUUGAGCCCAAAAUGGCAAUACUGGUUUUGUGUCAGAUACUUGUUCCAAGUUUGUUGAUGAGGCUUACUGAACCUCAGAAACAGGUGCCAUCUGCCUGAAUGUUGACAUGCCAGUAGAUGUGAAUCCUCUUCAUUUUUCCUUUUCCCUUCCCUCUGGACAGUGUUAUAGUGAACAUAUUUAGCAUUUUGUUUUUGGUUUUUAGUUGAGCAACUGACAUUACAGAAAGUGCCUUAGACACUACAGUACUAAGACAAUGUUAAAUAUAUUAUUUGCCCCUAUAGCAAUUUAAUGUAUUACGUUUUGACUGUGCUCCAUAUCAUGUACCUCUCUAGUCAAAGUGGUAUUAUAAACAUUCAGUGACAAUGAAUCAGUGUUAAUUAUAAAUCCUAGAUCUUCUGAUACAUGCUUGAAAACACAAACCGUUUGGGUUAAAAGCUUUAACAUCUGUCAGGAAGAAUUUGUCAUGUGGGUUUGGAAUCUUUGGUUUCCCCUCCACCCCUUUAUGAAUUGUACUGGCUGUUGACCACCAAACACCUACCUGACUGCAAAUAUCUUUUCUUGUAUUCCCAUAUUUCUAGACAAUGAUUUUUGUAAGACAAUAAAUUUAUUCAUUAUAGAUA